CGCGGACGUCGCGUGCGGCUGCCGCGGUGAAGAACUCUUCCCCGCUGUGUGGCAGAUCACACCGCGGGACUGGCUUAAAAAAAUAAAAACCUACCAGCGCCGUGUCUACCUCCCUCAGAGCGAGUUGGACCACAGUUAAUUUCGAUUACAUGUCCUGCUUCUGCUCUAUUUCUCAUCCUUGCCGAUUUAAAUCAUGGCAAAUUUGCAAUUCUAAAUAAAUUCAGAAAGAAGACGCAUGAUUCAAAUUCCAGUCAAAGACAUUAGGUACAUGAUAACUACUGAUAUUGACGCUAAAUACAUGUGCAAAUUACAACAAAUAUCGGACCAUAAUUACACAUGCACACAACAUUGAUAGUUUUAUUGAUCUCCUAUUGAGGGCUCGCGGCACUUUGAUUAUUAAUCAGUUUAGCGUGCUGUUAAGCCUGUCUCGUCUUUACUGCGCCCGUAGUUCACAUUCAAUAAUUCGUAUCCUAGAAACGUCGAAUGCGGAAUUCCCCGGGUGCCUGGACAUUUAACAGGCAUUAAACGCGAAAACCCUCCACUCCGUUUAAAAAAAGUAGUUAAACCCCGCAGAGGCGGACUGGUUUUGCACAGGAAAGGGAGACAAUACGCGCUCUGCAUCCGAAAUAGUCCACAUGGAGUAAAAUCAUUCAUGGAUAUUUUGAAAUCUCUAAAAACAAGCUACCGCCGACACUUCAGCUUAAAAUGCCCGCUGAGACGUGAACAGCAAGGUCGCCUCUCACAAUGCGGGGGUGGUACGUUUUAAUUCAGCGGCGCGCGCGUUUCUACAUCCCUUCUUCUACCCCCUUCCUCGCGUGUUUUAUCUUUUUUUUUUUUUUUAGAGCUCUUGAGGGGAGGGAGUUUCAGAAUGUCUCCAUCACACGCAGAACGCAAUCGAGUCCUCGCGCUUGUAUUUAUAACACAGUCCACACGCGCCCACGGCUGCGGAAACCACCAACAGGCAGAAGCUCUCGCACCACUCUUAUUGCAUAUAGGCUACAACCCUACAGCCUACGCCGAAUUCUCAGCACAGCCUAGAUGUCGGCAUUAGCACACUGCCACGCCAUCUAAAUGUAACAUACAUGUGCAUUUUUUUAUUAUUAUUAUUAUUAUUAUUAUAGUUAUCCAAAAGUGGAUCCAGAUGUGGCUCUAAAGAAAGAUUGUGCGGUGUGCUCCUCUACCCGGCCAGACGGGACCACGCGAACACCGGGGCUGCUCUCGAAGAAGAACAGCACGUCGCCCGCCUUUUUUUAAUACCUGGGAACGCGCUGAAGAAUACUUAUCCACCCGAAUGUCGCGUUUAGUUUUCCACCGAAACAAAUAUGUGUACACUGCAAGCAAGAUUGAAGUACUGCGAAAACACGCUUUUGGAAAAAUGGGAAAAGAAUGUACAGAACCCGGUCGAAACGUCCCUGCAUUUCAGCUUUGAAGAACGGAGCGAAACACGUGUUUUGGGAAAGAGCAGCGAACACAGGCGCGCGGUGAAUGAAAAAGCAGUCACGCGUCCGGAAUUCCAUCCCUUGUUUACGAAAAAUGCCCUUUGCGGUAAACUUUCCAUAAACAUUUUAUGUCCUUGAAGCGGAGUGCCUGCUCCAGUGCGUACCUGCACACGGUCUGCUUGACUGCCCGCCCUCCAGCAGUGCGAUGCUGGAAUGGUUCUUUGCCGUUUGCAUCUUGAUAGCGGCGGCUUUGUUUUGGCCGGCGUCCCUGUACUUCGCCUCCGGAGGCCCGUUGCCCGUGCCGCCCGGAGCGCCGGGGAGGCGGAUUUUGGGGUGCCGGACGGGGGGGCGCCGGGGGGACAGGUGCGGCCCCGACCUCGUCCCCACGGCGACGGGCGAAGCGGAGGGCGCGGCGCUGGUGUGCAAGCCGUCGGCGCUGGCCCGCUACCUGCAGAGGCACUGCGCGGCGUUCCGCAGCUUCGUGGCGGCCCCGCGCUGGAGCUGGCGGGCCAGCGCCUUCCUGCAGACCGUCGCCGCCGCCUGCUGGCCAGCGGAGGGCGCCGUGCGCUUCGCGCGCGACCACCUGCAGGUGGCCGACGGCGGCCUGGUGGCGCUGGACUGGGCCGUGGCGGGCGGCGAGGGGCACAAGCGCCGGAGGACGGCCAGCGACUCGGCCAGCCCCGUGCUGCUGGUCAUCCCCAACUCCUUCGGCAAAAUCACCUGGAACGUCCUGAAGCUGUGCGACCUGGGCCUGAGCCACGGCUACGCCCCGGUGGUGUUUAACCGGCGGGGCCAGAACGGGGCGGCGCUGGCCACGCCCCGGCUGCAGCGCUUCGGCGACCCGGCGGACCUGCGGGAGGCCGUGCGCUACCUGCGGUACCGCCGGCCCGGGGCGCGCCUCUACGCCGCCAGCGAGAGCACCGGGGCGGGGCUGCUCCUGUCCUACCUGGGCGAGUGCGGCUCCUCCAGCUACCUGACCGCCGCCGCCUGCCUCUCCCCCGUCCUGCGCUGCCAGGCCUGGUACGAGAGCACCCCCUGCUGGCCCUACGGCUGGGCCCUGCUGCUCUACCAGAAGAUCUGCCUCAGCAGGUACAAGACUGCUCUGGGGGAGACCAUUCGCACGGACGCUGUGUUCUCCUGCAGUUCUCUGAAGAGCCUGGAAGAGGCGCUGUUCUGCCAGCCGGAGCCCGAGCCCAGGGGGGCGUCGGGCAGGGAGGGGGGCGGGGCGGAGGGCGGGGUCAGCUGGGAGGAGUACUGGGAGAGCAACGAGCCGCUGAGGGACGUGGACGAGGUGGCGGUGCCGGUUCUGUGCGUGUGCAGCCGGGACGACCCGGUGCGGGGCGAUCCCAGCACCACGCUCCCCUUCGACCUUUUCCACAGCAACCCCCACCUCUUCCUCCUGCUGACGGAGCAGGGCGGGCACUGCGGCUUCGCCCAGCCCGGGGGCGGGGCCGGGGGCGGGGUCAUGGGCACGGCGCCCUGGAGCCACCGCGCCCUGCUGGAGUUCUUCCGCGGCGUCACGGAUUUCUUCGCGGCCGAGGAGCGGGCCCAGGCCGCCUCCCACCGCCGGGGCCUGAGGGGCGGAGCUGGCGCCGGCCCCGUCGCCGUGGGCAACAGCAGGGGGUUCCGCCACUGCAGCAUCAGCGCCUGCAAGCGGCUGCCCGCCUGUUCCCACUCCAUCCACUCCAUCUACAGCUGGCAGCGGUCCUACACCCGCUAGAGAGACCCGGUGACCCACCGAUCAGGUGAUCCACUCACCCGGUGACCCGCUGAUCAGGUGAUCCACUCACCAGGCGACCCAGUGAUCAGGUGAUCCACUCACCCGGUGACCCGCUGAUCAGGUGAUCCACUCACCCGGUGACCCGCUGAUCAGGUGAUCCACUCACCCGGUGACCCGCUGAUCAGGUGAUCCACUCACCAGGUGACUCACUGAUCAGGUGAUCCACUCACCCGGUGACCCACUGAUCAGGUGAUACACUCACCCGGUGACCCGCUGAUCAGAUGAUCCACUCACCAUGUGACCCACUGAUCAGGUGAUCUACUCACCAGGUGACCUGCCGAUCAGGUCAUCCACUCACCAGGUGACCCGCUGAUCAGGUCAUCCACUCACCAGGUGGCCAGGUCACCCUGCUGCAGCUCUAAGAGGGUCUGAGCCAGCCUGUGCAGGCUAACUGCAGGUGAACAGGUGACCUGCUCCGGGUUGUGCAGGCUAACUGCAGGUGAACAGGUGACCUGCUCCGGGGUGUGCAGGCGAACUGCAGGUGAACAGGUGACCUGCUCCGGACUGUGCAGGCUAACUGCAGGUGAACAGGUGACCUGCUCCAGGCUGUGCAGGCUAACUGCAGGUGAACAGGUGACCUGCUCCAGGCUGUGCAGGCUAACUGCAGGUGAACAGGUGACCUGCUCCAGGCUGUGCAGGCUAACUGCAGGUGAACAGGUGACCUGCACCGGGUUGUGCAGGCUAACUGCAGGUGAACAGGUGACCUGCUCCAGGUUGUGCAGGCUAACUGCAGGUGAACAGGUGACCUGCUCCGGGGUGUGCAGGCUAACUGCAGGUGAACAGGUGACUCUACUGCAGAUUUGGCUUCAGUAAGGUGUGGUCCUUGAGCACACUCAUCACAUUAGAUAUUUUUGGGUUUUUAUUUCUUUCUUUUUAUUCUGGUUUAAUUUUCUAGACAGCUAUAUGCACCAGCGCUGGUUCAACCCUGUAGUGACCCACAGUUAAACGUUCUCAGCAGGGAUACAUGGGCUAGCUGCAGAUGGAGGUUAUGAUUAUUCAUGAAAAAUGCCAGAACUGAUAAAUUAUUUCGGGCUAAUUAAAUAAUCAAGACCAGAAGCCAAAAUAAAAUCCCAAAAUGGAGGGGUGCCCCAUGUGCACCCCUGGCCACAGACCGCACUGGCUCAUCCCCGUCCCAGUCCCAAAAUCUCCGGCAUCAGGGGAGAUCAGGUGCUGAGAUCACACAUAAUCCAGGUAAAAUCCGUGAGAACAAAACUUAAAAAAAAUUUUUUCCAUGGAUGGAUGGAUGUUGUGUUCAGAUGGCUCACCAGUUGACAAAUGAGAAAUCACGGGGUUUCUAACGUGACAGUGGAAUCUGUGGACUGUGUACGGCGGUUUUAUUUAAAGAAUCUAUUUUCGUUUUCACAUUUCUGAAUCUGUCUACAGUCGUUAUGUCAUUAUUAAUGAAAUAAAAAAUAAGUUGGACCUGA